GCCCUUCCUUUUCGCCUGUCUGUGAGCGAGCGGGUUAAAAAUGAAGACCAUUCUCAGCAAUCAGACGGUGGACAUCCCUGACAAAGUCGACAUUCGCCUGAAGGGCCGGACUGUUAUUGUGAAGGGCCCCAGAGGAAGGCUGCGAAGAGACUUCAACCACAUCAACGUAGAGCUCUCUCUCUUGGGAAAGAAGCGCAAGAAGCUGCGUGUUGACAAAUGGUGGGGUAACAGAAAGGAGUUGGCCACAGUUCGCACCAUUUGCAGUCAUGUGCAAAACAUGAUCAAGGGCGUCACACUGGGCUUUCGUUACAAGAUGAGGUCUGUGUAUGCUCACUUCCCCAUCAAUGUGGUCAUACAGGAGAAUGGCUCGCUUGUGGAAAUCCGCAACUUUCUUGGGGAGAAGUACAUUCGGCGGGUGCGUAUGCGGCCAGGUGUCAAUUGUACAGUAUCUCAAGCCCAGAAGGAUGAACUGAUCCUUGAAGGAAAUGACAUUGAAUUGGUAUCUAAUUCUGCUGCCCUGAUCCAGCAGGCAACUACAGUCAAAAACAAAGAUAUCAGAAAAUUCUUGGAUGGUAUCUAUGUGUCUGAGAAGGGAACAGUACAACAGGCAGAUGAAUAAAAUACUCAAUAGAUUCUGAAAUGACCCCCCAGGACUGAACACCUCCAAUCCGGAUUCAGAGUCUGCUGUAUAAAAUGUCUCUGUUGGUAGAGAACAAUAAAACACUCAUAAUCUUUAAUAAGCGGUAUUUGUGAUUUAAUAAGAAAAAAUUGGAUUGGGUACUUUAAUAAAACAAAAUGUUAAACGUGUGAAACAUUCAAUAA